AUGAAUAGAAACGUAGUGGACUACAACAUCCGCAACAACACCUACAACCUAUACGACGUCACUUUCGAAAAUCACAACAUCCACACCCUCGUCACCCACCACCCCUUCCAAGUCGAGAGGUGGCUCUCCAACAACACCGGCCGUCGCCAGGACCUCAUGGUGGGCCUGGACAUUGAGUGGCGGCCUAACACUCAGCCCAACACGCAAAACCCCGUAGCCACCCUCCAACUCUGCGUGGGUCACGCUUGCCUCGUCUUCCAGAUUAUCCAUUCUCCUUACAUUCCCCACUCUCUCGUUUCCUUCUUCCUAGACCCUAACGUUACUUUCUUCGGCGUUGGGAUACGCGCUGACGCCAAGAAGCUUCUUCAAGACUACGGCCUCUACGUGGGGAACGUGUGUGAACUUCGUUCUCUGGCUGCGGAUUUGCUUUGGCGUUACCCUCAUCUGAAGCGGGCUGGGCUGAAGACUCUGUGCCGCCAUGUUCUCGAAGUGGAGGUUGAGAAGCCGCUGAGUGUGACCAGGAGUUUCUGGGAUACUCCCCAGCUCACCACCGAACAGGUUCAGUAUGCUGUCAUUGAUGCCUUCCUCUCCUAUGAGAUUGGACGCGUGUUGAAUGAACGCUCGUAUCCGUAG